AUGGCGCGCGGAACGCCAGGAGAACUCCGCGAACGUCAGUCCACGUCCUCGUCAAGACCGACCUCGUUGAAGUUGAAAGAACCGCACCGCUUCAGAGCCGGCGUUGGGUUGGGGCAUGUGGCCCGGCGGACCCUGGGGAUUUUUCUCCUGCUCGUUACGGUAUUUUUGUGGACUGCCUCGAAUUUCUUGGCCAGUUAUAUCUUCGCUGAUAACUCGUACUCGAAACCAUAUUUUGUUACCUAUAUCAAUACUUCGUUCUUUGCUAUAUCGCUGGUCCCUAUUUUUGUGCGAAUCUCACGUCAGAAUGGCGUUUCAGAUGUACGGACGUUUUUGGCCGAAAGCUGGCGAGAUCUAGUGAAGCAUUACAGAAGGCGUGGAAAGUCGGCAAGAGGAGAAGAUCCAGAGGAUGCGUUAUCUGCUUCCCAAACCAGAUUACUGGACGAUGAUGAGCGAUCAGAGGAAGAAUUCAAUGUGGCUGGUGACCCUGAGGUCCCGGAUGGUGUUCUAAGCGUACCAGAAACAGCCAAGAUCAGUCUCGAAUUCUGCCUCCUCUGGUUUAUCGCCAAUUACCUCGUGGCAGCAUGUUUAGAAUACACAAGUGUGGCCAGCUCCACGAUCUUGACUUCGACUAGCAGUAUCUGGACCCUGGUCUUCGGUGCUCUGGUGCACGUAGAACACUUCUCUUACAAGAAGCUUAUUGGAGUUCUAGCCUCCCUAGCCGGUAUCAUCCUAGUCUCGACCAUUGACCUUACAGGAAAAGACAAUGAUGAGAACCGUGGGAACUUCCCGCACAAAUCUCAGGGGCAGAUUGCUCUCGGUGAUGCCAUGGCCUUUGGAAGCGCGAUCAUGUACGGCGUCUACGCCGUGGUCAUGAAGAAACGCAUUGGGAACGAGGACCGUGUCGAUAUGCCUUUGUUCUUCGGCCUAGUCGGGUUCUUCAACGUUAUCUUCCUAUGGCCCGGCUUCCUGAUCCUACACUUCACGGGCGUCGAGACAUUCGCCCUCCCUCCCACAGGCAAGAUCUGGACCAUCGUCCUAUUAAACUCAGCAUCAUCCUUCAUCAGUGAUUACUGCUGGGCCUACGCCAUGCUCCUCACCUCCCCCUUAGUCAUAACCGUCGGGCUCUCAAUGACCAUCCCCCUCUCCCUGAUCGGCCAGAUCGUCCUGAGCUCCCAAUAUUCCAGCGCUCUAUACUGGGUAGGCGCCUUGAUCGUCCUCCUAUCCUUCCUAUUCAUCAACCAUGAGACACGUGACGAAGACGAGCCCUCUAGAAUGCACCAAUGA